UUAUUUUAUGAUCUCAUUGGAAAUCAUAUAAAGACAAUUUCUAUUGAAUUUAGCUAUUAGUGCAAGUAUUUUAUUACUUCUUGUGCAAAUCGCGUAUUAUAUCAAAGUUAGGAAAAUGUUGCUUCUUAUAGAAGUUUUAUUUUGGCUUAUAUAAGAGUUCUUUCAUGUUUAGUAGAAACGUUUCAAUAUCGAUAUUGCCCUUUAAAGUAAAUUGUGACCUGGCUUAAGUUUCAACUCUUCCCAAACAAGGCCUUUUUUGUGGACAAAGCAAUUAAAAGAAAAUUUUGAAAGAAAUGGUAAGUUUACAAGUUAGAAAAUUCUGGGCUUAUGCCUAUAAGGCUAGGUUGGGCCAGACUCAGAGGCCCAUUAGCCCAUGGAACUCGUCAUCACCUAUGUUGGGAAAAGGUAGAAACGGCAAGAAUUUCUGAUCGGACGGAUGGGGCUGCUUCAGCAGGUAACCUCGGAGGAUCAGGACCCUUCCGUGCAAAAAGUAGCAAACUCCGGUUGACUUCUUAAAAUGCGGCGUCGAGACUUUGACCUUUGACCUAGUCUCACCGUUCGAUCCGCUACUUUCUCUCUCUAGCUCUCGCAAUCCUCCUUUCCACAUCUGAGUUUCAUUCUCUCUCUCUCUCUCUCUUUCGAACAGAGUGAAACCCUAUCAGCCAUUGGAUCAUGCUCUGAAGGGUUCAUCACAACCGCAGUACUCAUCAACAAUGGUGGAAUUAUCAAGCGGAAUCAUCUGCAUAACCGCGACAUCAAUGGCCAAUCACCACCUGGGUUCAUAGUGAAUAAAAACCUUUUCUCUUAUACUGAGCAUGUCUGGUUUGGUUGCCCGUACAGGUCGUCAUCAGCAGCGCUACGAAGCCGGCUGUCGCCUUAUUGCCGGGUGCAUUCCAUUUAAGCAUAGAAAUCCUGAUGAGGGAAGCAAUGAAAAUUCUGAGAAGGUUGUUGAAGUGCUUAUGAUCAAUUCACCCAGUGGUCCAGGUCUUUUGUUUCCAAAGGGAGGCUGGGAGAAUGAUGAAACUGUUGAGGAGGCAGCAAUAAGGGAAGCUAUUGAAGAAGCUGGAGUCCGGGGGGUUCUGAUGGAAUUCCUUGGGCAUUACCAUUUCAAGAGUAAAACCCUCCAAGAUGAGUUUAGCCCAGAAGGAUCAUGUAAAGCUGCAAUGUUUGCCUUGUUCGUGAAGGAGGAGCUGGAGUCAUGGCCAGAGCAGAACACCCGAAGGAGAAGUUGGUUAACCAUACCUGAAGCAUAUGAGAACUGCCGGCAUCCAUGGAUGAGAGAGGCUUUGAAAGAUGGCUUUUCCAAGUGGCAUGAAAACAAGAUAAGCACAGGGGAGGCUUUCCCAGAUCAAGAUUGAUAUGUCAAGUGUCCACAAGCAAGACCCAUGAAAAAAGGUCAUGAGUAGGAGCAAGCAUCCACCCAAACAAUUUUCUGGGGGCAAUUUUUUUUCUUUUCCAUUUUUUUUGUCAUUUUUAAUACCUUGUGGACAGUAACGACGAUAUUGCUGUUACAGAUGCUUGCUCUUAAUCACGCAUAGUUUCUAUUUCUUCUA